AUGAUACGAGACUUGGAAAUUCCUGGAGAAAGUCUUACUUUCAUGGAGCUUAUUGGAGAAGGUUGUUUCAGUGAAGUAUAUAAAGGUGAAUAUGUUCAAACUACUGGCGAUAUCAUCCCAGUUGCCGUCAAGGUUCUUAAAGACAACCUGUCAAUAGAGGUUCAUAGCGAUUUUGAAAGAGAAGUGAAAGCAAUGGCAACGUUUGACCACGAAAAUAUUCUGAAACUACUAGGGGUUGUUUUGAAAGAAGCUGGUUCUGUUCCUUGCAUGGUGUUCGAGUUCAUGCAAUAUGGUGACCUCGGUGAAUUAUUACGAAACAAUGACGUCUACAUUAGACAGCCAUCAAGCCGGCUCUGUAACAGCUUAACGCAGGUCGACCUUGUGCCAAUUGCUACACAGAUUGCUAGAGGCAUGGCCUAUUUAUCUUCUCUGCACUUCGUUCAUAGAGACUUGGCUACGAGGAACUGUCUGGUAGGGGAAAAUCUGAUGGUCAAGAUUUCCGACUUCGGCAUGUCACGUGAUAUCUACACUUGUGACUACUAUAAAAUCGGCGGGUCCCGGAUGCUGCCCGUGCGCUGGAUGGCGCCAGAAAGUAUGAUGUAUGGAAAGUUUACCUUAGACUCUGAUGUUUGGUCCUAUGGAGUCGUUCUGUGGGAAAUAUUCACUUUCGGCAAGCAGCCGUAUUAUGGACACUCCAACGAAGAGGUUGUAAAGUUGAUUUUACAGGGAAUACUUCUAAGUCCUCCCGGAAAAUGUCCUUACUUCAUCUAUAAUAUUAUGGCAGGGUGUUGGAAAACAGAACCACGUGACCGACUUAAGUUUUCCGAUAUUUACCAAAUCCUGAUGGAGAACACCCCGAGUGCAAGCCAACAUCCGGCCUAUUUCAACCAUGAUGUAGAAGAGGAUUUAACAGAUCUGUUUAACUGUCACCGCUCAGAUUUAGAACAAAUUUCACGAAACUCUUCGGUAUUCAGCAUUGUUGGAUCUCUACCAGAUGCUCCAGUCGACGACAAUAAGAAUUCGACUCAGCCAGCAGCCUCCAGUAUCGUUGGCUCAACCCGAGAUAUACGUCAACCCAUAUUCUCCAUUAUUUUAGAUGCCACCAAAGAGGUUUAG